CAUACACACACACACACACACAAGCAAUCUGGGUACUCAUCCAAUGUUUAGGAAUUUCCUAAACAACAGAAGGGUGGGAACCAUAUGAAUCUCUGGUGGAACUCAUUCCAAAGAACAGGAAUUGUUAGAGUAGGUAUUUCGCCUGAGUCCCACCAGAUGAUAUUCUUUAAUUGAAAACCAACCGCUUGAAAAUUGCUACAACAAAGAUCAAUUAUUGGGCAGAAGAAGUGAUACUUCGUGACAUGGAAGAGACAGUGUAAUCAAUCUCAGAAUAGUCUAAAUCCUGAAUGGGAAAGAAAAGUAACAGAGUACUUCAAAGAGAAAUUAAAAGAAAAUAAUGCAACUAACUGGGUACCAUCAUUGAAUGAUGUUCCUUUACAUUAUCUGAAGCCAAAUAGCUUAAUAAAAUUUCGCUGUAUGGUUCAAGAUAUGUUUGAUCCUGAAUUUUAUAUGAAUGUUUAUGAAACAGUUGAUACAGUUACUAAAUCACGUGUUAUGCAUUUUGGAAAAUACAGAGAUGUAGCAGAAUGUGGGCCUCAUCAAGAAAUAGAUUUAAAUCCUAAACAAAUUGUAACUGCAGAUAGACAGACUUUUUACUGUGUUCCAGUGCCAGGAGAAUCAGCGUGGGUGAAAGAAGCUUAUAAUAGUGCAAGUCAAGCUCGAGUUUGUCCAUCAACAUCAUACACACCAAGUCGCCAUAAGAGAAGUUAUGAGGAUGAUGAAGACAUGGAGUUGCAUCCAUCGAAACAAAGAGAACAGCACAUCGGAAAUGUGCUCGAUAUCCAGGGGAGUGGAGAGCCAAAGCGAUUAGAAACAGAAGCUUCUGCAAGGCAUCAGAUGAUUUCCUUAAACUGUUCGUCUCCACUAGAUCUGAAUUUUCCACUCCCAGGGGAAAAGGGCCCGGCAUGUCUUGUGAAGAUAUAUGAAAAUGGGGACAGUUUCAAAGUCAAUGAUAUUCUUGAAGUGUAUGGGAUUUUGUCUGUCGAUCCGGUCCUGAACAUGCUGAACAAUGAAGAAAGGGAGAAUUCCUCCUCUCCAGUGGAGUCUAUGGAUUGUAUGGAUACUGUGGAAGAACAGAGAGUUCAUAGUCCUCCAGCAUCUUUAGUUCCCAGAAUCCAUGUAAUUCUGGCACAGAAACUUCAGCACAUAAAUCCAUUGUUGCCUGCUUGCCUUAAUGAAGAAGAAAGCAAGAGCUUUGUCUCUAGUUUUAUGUCUGAACUAUCACCAAUUAGAGCAGAGCUUCUUGGCUUCCUCAGUCAUGCCUUUUUGGGAGACAGCUUGGCUGCUGAAUACGUUAUAUUACACCUCAUUUCCACAGUCUAUGCAAGAAGAGAUGUCCUUCCUCUAGGAAAAUUCACCCUGAAUUUAAGUGGCUGUCCAAGAAACAGUGUCUUCACAGAGCAUGUAUACCGUAUUAUUCAGCAGCUUGUUCCUGCAUCAUAUCGCCUAGAGAUGACUAUAGAGAAUAUGAACAGCUUAAAAUUUAACCCACACAAGGACUACACAGCUAACCGCUUAGUCAGUGGAAUAUUACAAUUGGCCAACAGUACCUCUUUUGUCAUAGAUGAAACCCUGCUAGAGCGAGGACAGCUUGACACAAAAGGUGUGCACAAUGUGAAAGCACUGGGCCACUUGAUAACUUGGCAGAAGGUGGAUUAUGACUUCAGUUACCAUCAGAUGGAAUUUCCAUGCAACAUUAAUGUCCUUAUCACUUCAGAGGGCAGAUCACUCCUACCGUCAGAUUGCCAAGUCCAUCUACAGCCAGAGCUCCUUCCCCCUAAUAUGGAGGAGCACAUGCACAGCCUUCUCACAGCUGUGCUGCCAUCAAUCCUCAACAAGUUCCGCAUCUAUCUAAGCUUGUUGAGACUGCUGGAUUAUAGCAUAUCGGAUGAAGUCACAAAGGCAGUAGAAGAUGAUUUUGUAGAAAUGCGUAAAAACGAUCCUGAGAGUAUAACAGCAGACGAUCUUCACAGAACUCUACUGGUAGCAAGGUUCCUUUCUCUCAGUGCUGGGCAGACAACACUAUCAAGAGAGAGGUGGCUAAGAGCAAAACAAUUGGAGGCACUACGUAAAGCCAGAUUACAGCCACAAAAAUCUGUAAAUGGAAAUGAACUUUAGGACAACAGUACCAUGUUUAUAAGACUGUAAACAUGCCUAACAUUUGUAGAGCUGAUAUGAACAGAGCAUAUGUUUAUACCGGGUUUUGUAGAUAAUUUAUAUCAAAGUUAUGGCUCUUUUCUCAAAUGAACCAGAUUUAUGGUGUUCAGCAGAUUAACACUGAUAAAUUUUGGUGCUUGUUUUGUAACCAAAUUAGCAACUAUGGAAAAUCUGUUUGAUAUUAAAGAGUUACUAUAAAAAUGAUGUCACACUUUUAUUAAGAAUCAGUAACAGAUAAACACUUUAUGGCAUUAGAACACACCAGAUUUUAAUGGGAUUGGUCUGAAAGGCAUAAUAAAAAGUAUAAUUUGUUGAAAGUAGCUCUCCACUUACAAUUGGUUCCAUAAAUGAUUACUUUUCACCAAGUUUAGCUGUGUGAAUAUAUCCUAAAUAGUCAUAAAUUUACUAUUUACUCAGAAUGUAAAAAGGUAAAUCAGUAUAGAGUUAUCUAUAUCUUUGUCAUCUUUAUUUAAGCCAUCAAAAUGGAGAUUAUUCUUUAUGUGUCAUACCUACUGAUGUUAGCAUUGCUAGUUAACUCUUUAAUGUGCCAGGAUAACCUAAGUUCCUCAACUUGUUUCAGUGGUUAUUUAGAAAAUUAGAUAUAUAUAUAUAUAAUCCUCAUAGAGAUGAAUUUGAUCAAAGGGUAUUUUCAGAAUAUGUAACUCAGGAACAUUAAGCAGGGAAAAAAAGAGUAAACUCUUUUCUGUAAAAAUAACAGUCUAAUGUUACCUGAGAAGCAAAAUUUUAAAUAUGACUUAUAUCAGCUCUUAUGGCUGAUCAGCUAGCAGUCUGAUAUUUCCAAUUCCUUCUACCUUGAAGAAAAGCGAUAGAAAGUGUUCAUGGUAAUUAUUUAGACAUCCCUUCAAUCUGUUACCAAGUACAUUAAGAUCCUAUUUCUCAUGGCCCCAGAGAGAUCUGUGCAGUUGCUCCUCUGACAUAAUCAAAACAGCAUCCUUGGAUUAUUUUUUAGUAAUUACGUUGUUAUCCAAAGAAUAUAGUAAAGAUGUCUUAAGGGGAAAAAAACAAGCAUAGAAGCAGUUUUAGUCAUGUAAUGAAUUGACAGAGAUCCUUAGUAUCUUGAACCAUAUACGCCAAAAUGCAUAGUAUUUUAUUUUUUUAUUAAAAUAGCUCUUGUUUCCCACAUUAAAACAAUAGUUUUAUUCUAAAUAUACUUAAAUGUAUAGAUACUCUCAAAAGAACACACACAAAGUAUUAAUAAAUAAAUAACAAAAUACAAACAGUACAAAAGUAUCACACAAAAGACAGCUUAAGUAAGUUAUCACUUCUGAUAUAGUAGACACAUUCAGACAUUAUAAUUGACUCAUUAGCUGUUCAGAAUACUACAUGCAAUCUAGCUAUAGUACACGUGUACUAACAGAAACCCAACUUCCAGAAUAAAGAUAAUAAGGAUGAAGGAACAAGAUUGCAUUCAGUGUUGUUUCUGCUGCUACAUUCUAUUGUAGUUCAUCUAUCACAAGACUCUUGGGCAACAGAAUGCUUCUAAAAAAUGAGCUAGUAUUUAAACAUUCAUUUCUCUGCUAAAACUGAUGUUAAGAUUAUAGCUACAGUAACUUC